AUGGAGGAGAUCAGAAACAAUCAACUUCCUGGUAUGAGGUUCUGCCCUAUGGAGGACGAGCUUCUUCUUUCCUACCUCAAGCCGAUGUUGAGUGGACAGAACGUGCCCGGCAGAAACAAGGUCGUCUUCGAUUGCGAUCUCUACGGUCAGCAAGAACCUUGGGAGAUAUGGGAGGCUUACAAGACCAAAAGACCAAACGACUUGAGGCUCCACAAGGACCUCUACUUCUUCACCCAACACAAGAAGAUGAAAUCCACAGACAAACGCAUACGCCGCACCGUUGGAAGCGGCACAUGGAAAGGAAACGACUCCGGGAACCCAGUAAAAUCUUCCGGUCGUGAGAUUGGUUUGAAGAAAAGAUUUACCUACGAGAAUAAAAAAUCGAAGCACCACGGUUGUUGGAUCCUGCAUGAGUUCUACCUUGAUCGAUCACUCAGAGACAAGAAAGAGAAGGUGAAAGACUAUGUUCUUUGUCUGCUACGAAAAAACGGUGAUUCAAAAACCAAGAUCGAAAAGAAGAGAAAGCAACGUGAAGAGGAAGACGUUCUUGAUGCAUGUGAUGAUGGAGAACAAUCGAAUACGGAGCAAGAAGUGCUUGAGACACAAGCGAAGCGACAACGAACCGUCUGUGUACCGCCAGUACCUACGCCAUCAGAAGUUGAUGCAUUCAUAGCUAAGAUAGAAGGGUUUAUGGAAUGCGUUCAAGAUGAUAACUCACCUCCAUCGGAAGCUGAAGCAAUUGGUUUUCAAGGUGUGGAGGAUGGGGGACUCCAACAAUCAGCUUGUGAGGUGCAAUCAGACCCUUCUUUUGUUCAACAAGAUCCAGCCGGAAGCAACAAUGAUUGUGGAGGAGGAGGACUGAUUGACUUUCAUGAUUUCUCACGUCCAUCAGAAGCUGAAGCAAUUGGCUUUCAAGGUGUGGAGGAUGUGGGACUCCAACAAUUAGCUUGUGAGGUGCAAUCAUCAGGCCCUUCUUUUGUUCCACUGCCGGAGGAAGAUUUUGUCAUGGAGCAAUGCUUUGAAGAAUUACGUAACUACGAAGAAACGGAAGAACAAGAUCCAGCAGGGAGCAACAAUGUUUGUGGAGGAUUGAUUGACCAUAAUGGUGAUGAUUGGAUAAACUCAAUCAGUUUUAGUCCUGAGGAUAACGAUUUCGUUUCAUGCGAAAUGCUAAGAAAUUUCUUAGCUGACACUGCUGGGCUGCCAUAG